CGGUGCCUCCUUUUUAACACCGCGACACUUCUCCAUCAAAGUUUAUUUUAUUCUUCUAUGGUGGGAAGUUUGUGUGGCUAUACCAGGCAGCCAAAAUCAGGAAUCUUGCUACCAUUUCAACUCUCAAUGUCCAAUAGAUUACAAACUUUGUCGCUUGCCUAUGGACCGGAACUCUUGGGCUUUUCCUUUUCCGUUUAGAGUCCUAGGUUAUCAAACUGCUGAAUCUGGUGAUGUUGGGCUUGCUUCUAAGUUAUUUGAUAAAAUGCCGUAAAGAAGUAAAAGCAGUAGUAGUUUGGAAUUCGUUAACUUCCAAGCUGCUGCCUAGCACUAUACAAAGUUGCGAUUUUUAAGGGCCCCUCAACUUGAUCAGUUGAUGAGCUUCAAUGGCUGACCAAAUUUCCAAUCCAACCAUUCCUUACGACCGCAUAAAGCUCAACGUUGGCGGCAAGCUUUUUGAAACCACUGUCUCGACCCUCCAAUCUGCAGGUCCUGAUUCCCUCCUUGCCGCUCUCUCCAGCCGCCCCUCACAUCUUGACUCUAACCCUAUAUUCAUCGACCGUGAUCCCGAAAUCUUCUCCGUCCUUCUCUCUCUCCUCCGCUCUAACCGCCUCCCUUCUGCCGCUCUCCGCCGCUUUUCUAUCCAGGAACUCGCCGACGAGGCUCUUUAUUACGGAGUCGAGUCUCGCCUCCGAUCUGCCUAUUCGCCCUCACCACUUCGUGGCAUAGACGCCGCCGUCGUCGAUACCAUCCGCCCUGCCUCCGACGCUGUGCCUUCCAUUGCCGCCGGCGAAGACGGUUCAAUUUGGAUCGCUCACGGUGGUCAAAUUUCAAUAUAUGAUUCCUACUUAUCAUACUCCGCAGCCGUACGUACGCAUCUCGAUGAUAUCACCUCGAUUUGUCGGGUCUGGCCCGAGAUAGCCGCCAUCGGAUCUGAAUCCUCCUCUGGCCUGCACUUCUACGACCUUUCCAGCGGACGCUAUACCGCUUCAGUUCGUUGGACCGAUCAGGCUGACCCACGGAUACACAAAGCUCGAGUCAGUGCCAUCGCUAACUCACCAGACUCGGUCUUUGCGUCAUUUGAUUGUCCUCAUAGAGAGAACGGCGUCCUCGUGAUUGACAAAUCAACGCUCCAGGUUUCGUCGGAGCUGGCUCGCCAAUCAGGAACUGCCGCGAAGAACACAGUAGCGGGGAGGCUGACGUGGCUGCCAGCAACUGGUUUGGUUAUCGGGAGUGCUGUCACCUGCGGGGCAUUUGGUUUCUCCGGUUACAUUAGGAUGUGGGACCCGAGAAGUAGGGAGGUGGUUUGGGAGACGAAUGAACCCGGUUCAGGCCGGAGCAGCAGGUAUGGAGAUUCAUUUGCUGACGUUGAUGUCGACGUCGAUGAUUUGAGUCUCUUCAAGAUAUGCUCAAAAUCUGGGGAUUUGGCAAUGGCAGACAUUCGUAGCUUGGGGGAUGAUCCUUGGGUAUAUAUGAAAGACACAAAUCCUAGCAUGAGAGACACGAGCUAUGGCGGAAACAGUGUCGUCUUACAUUGCUACAAAAGACAGGUUUUCGUGGGGAAAGAUGGAGAACUGGAGGUUUGGUCGAAUGAAAAAGAAUGGUAUGACACUGUUAUUCCAAGUCAGCAAUCCUCGGAAAGUCAAAAUCAAAGUCAGGAAAUGUACUUCAGGAGGAAUUAUGUGGAUAAAGUGGAGGAUGCAAAGAGAGGGAUGAUAAAGAGAAUUGAAGGAGGUGGGGAGAGAUUGUUUGUGAGCAGAGAAGAUGUGGAGGUUGAGGUUUGGGAGAGUUCCAAUCAUUCUAGAGCAGUCACUGUUCCUUCUAGAAAAGAAUAAUGGACACUGAGUCAGUUAAUUCUAUUUGAUGCGUGGAAUUGGUUUUUUUUUUUUUUCUCUCGCAAAAAAGAGGCAACCACAUUUAGUUAGGAUAUACUGCAGGCUUCAGCGAGGAUUUAAAUUAGAUUUAUAGAUCACGAGAUUGCUGGCAGCGGGAAUGGCACUUAGUUCAAACUAAAUAUUCGAUCCUUAUCAAUUCAACCAGGGGGUAUGCAACCUAGAGAGAUGGCAGUAUUUCUUUAAUGAAUGUUGUAUCUGAGGUUUGGUUUAUGUGGAAAAGAUGUCAGCCUGAGGGCACGACGCAAAUGGUUUAAUUGAUGACUCGGUUCGAUCUUUUAGCAUAGAAUUAGUUCUCUGAACAGAGGCUUUGUAUUCUUUUUGGUGUUAUAUUAGUUUUGAUAUCUGUUAUCAACUUGUAAUGAAUUUGAUUUGUUUGAAAACAUAUGAUUGAUAAUAACACAAUCAAAGUCUUGAAUUUUCAAAAUACUGAUAUAUCUUUGAUGGUGUUAACUGUUAAGAUGUUAUAACAAUGGGGCUUUUAAUUUUGGCACCAACUUCAAUUUUGAAUUGCAGGCAAUGGCAUCUCAUAUGUGCUUUUUCCUACAAGGCACAGUGAUAGGUCGAUAGUUAAGUAAUGGAACUAAACACAGCAAUGAGGUUGGUCAUGAAACUUCUUCAGGCUUUAAGGGGCUCUUGUUCACUUCUUCAGUCUAGGAAUUUCCUUUGCCGUUUUGUUAUAAUUAAUGUGCCUUUAUCCUUUUUCCUCUGUCUAGAAACCUGCCUACUUCACUCUCCAAGAUUUGAAUGCAAUAGGUUAUGUGUUAUCUUUCAAAAUGUCUUUUAAGAGAAUUAUCAUGUUCUGAUUGCUAUUGUUGCUGCUAUUAUUUUGUCAAGCUGAUGUUUACCUGAUUCUUUUCCUUGUUUCAUUGACUGCCACUUCUUCUAAUAUGGGCAGAUGUUCGUCUUGCUUACUCUGUGUGGAUGAUGAUGGCAUAUUUGACAAAUGUCUGGAAGCUUAAUUCUUACCACAUGCUGAUGCCAUUGUCAAUCUUUAGUUAGGUGUAACCGCCGUGCCGUCAACAGUAAUUUUGUUCCUUGUAGAAAUUCUUGUAGGUAACUUUUGAUGCUCUGGUUAUCUACUCUUGCCUACAGCAUAGUAAGAUUCUUCCCCUCACAUUUUUUUAAAACUUUUUUUGUUGCAACUAUUUCCUUUUCCACUGAGUUAUUGCUGUUUAGGAAAUUGUAUAAAGUUGAAUUGCAUACCACUAUAAGUAUUCAUAGUAUCUUUUACACUUCAUGAACACUGUAUCAAAAAGCUGGACUAAAGCAUUACUGCAUGCCGGGUUUCUGGAUUUAGUCAACAUAAUCACCACCACUUCAUGAUCAGUUACAGGUACCUGCACUUCAUAUGAACCCAAAUGCAUAAAAAAAAAGGGACAGAAAUUCUUGUUUAGACAGCAUUAGUCUCAGCUGUUGAAAUGUCAGGGCAGAAAACAUCUGUAGCAUCUUUAUUGCUGAACAAACAAAGGAAACCAAAGAACAGAUGAGUAAAGGAAAGAUCAUAUGCAUAACUUUGUGGUCCUGUUUUAUGGUCGUCGUUCCUAUAGAUUCAGUUGUAGGAAUGAUCAUAGUAAAGCCAUGAUCAAUUACGUUUAGCAUUCCAAUUUCCAGCAAUAGGCACAAUGACCAUUUAAUGGGUGGAUGUAAAGAAAAUAAGUUUUGGGUAGCAUUUAAUGGGUGCCUAUAUACCAGCGGAGGCUGGGAUGGGGAAUAGAUGGUGGGUUGUCACAUAAGGGUGUGCUCUUAAGAUUGCCCUGAAAGCUCAGGCAAAACUUGAGGAUCAUACAAGGGGUGCGUUCUUAACAUUGUACAGUUGAGGCAAAACUUGAGGAUAAGAAUAUAAGAAUAUAAACAUACGUUUGGUUUACAAGAUUAUGAUAGCAUAUGAUUAGAUAAUAUUAUAAAUAAAAUUAAAUUAAAUAAUCUCUCUAUUUUACUUUUGA